UAUAAGUUGUAACACAUGCACCGCGUGCUAUUGACUCUCUCAAGUCUCAAGACAUGAAAAACCUUUUCUUUUCUUUUUUUGUAAUAAUAAUUCAUAUCCAACUGCAAAUCUUGGAUCAGCUUCCAUAGAGAGAGCCUACGGUGCACUGGAUAUUCUUGCGAUAAAACCCGCUCGGGUUUAAUGGGGGAGACAGAGUUUUCGAAAACGACCGCAGAUGUCCACAAUAACAAGAGAAAUAGACGCGGCAAGGCGUUUGAUUCAGCAUUUUCUACAUUUGUUGUGCAGUUCCCUCACAGGGUUCAGAAUUUUGUUAAGUCUCGGUUCCAAAGGUUAGCAAAAGAUAUUGAAGGAGUAAACUCAAAGAACCCUCUUCUAAGAAAAGAGAAAGGAUCAUCUAUUUCUUGGGAGGUUGAUGUGGAAAAGCAGAUGCAAGCGUGGAGAGAAAAUCCAUCAUGGGUUGAUCAAACUCCAAAAAUAAAGGUCAGCGUACCAAAAGGUUCUCUUUGCAACCUCAAUGUAAAGGUCAAUGUCGGGUUGCCUCCAGAUGCAGUAUAUAAUAUUGUGACCGACCCUGAUAAUAAGAGGGUUUUCAAGAAUAUUAAGGAAGUACUGUCCAGAAGGGUUUUGGUUGAUGAAGGUCUGAGGCAGGUGGUUGAACUGGAGCAGGCAGCCUUAUGGAGAUUUCUUUGGUGGUCAGGAACCAUAUCGGUUCAUGUUAUAGUAGAUCAGAACAGAGAAGAUCACUCGAUGAAGUUCAAGCAAGUGAAAAUGGGGUUUAUGAAAAAAUUUGAAGGGUGCUGGACGGUAGAGCCGGUGUUUGUCGAUGAAAAACUUUGCUUUCCCUUCAAGCCUAAGACAUGGAAAGAUUAUUGUGCAUGUUCGGGAGGCAAAGGAAGGGUUGGGUCAAAAGUGAGCUUGGAGCAACUGAUCCAACCGGCCAUUGUCCCACCUCCACCCAUUUCCUGGUAUCUUAGGGGAAUAACCUCCAGGACAACAGAGAUGCUGAUAAACGAUCUGCUUGCGGAAGCUGCCAGAAUUAGGGGAGGUUUUGGACCUGAAAGUUCUGAGAAAGAGCUUGUAAUAUCCAAGGGAAUGUCCGAUGAACGCGGAAUCGAUGAUAAUAUAUGUGAUAUCAAAGAAAGAUGGGCCCUUCAUAGGAGAAAUGCAAAGCAAUGUCAUAGACGGCUGCUCACUGCCAAGUGAACUUGUGUUUAAUUUCUGUUUUACUCCUUCGUUUCUUAUCUGAAUCCAUUGUAGCCUAUCUGAAUAACAAUAUUUCAUAAUAAUAUUCGUAUCAAAACUAUCUGAAUAACAAGUUUUGAGUUAUGAAAA